CCUAACAUAUCUUUCCUGUGGUUUCAGCUCCUUUCCUGGUUGUGAAAUCAGUAGAUUUGUUAAUAAUUGUGCAUAGAGUUCCUGUGGUAGCAUUGUGGUUAGCACUGUUAGAGGCCAUUCAAAAGUGAAGUCAGUAGAUUUUUAUUAAUUGUGCAUUAGUCAGGGCUGGUGCAAGGAUUUUUGACACCCUAGGCGAAGCCUCAUUUUGCCAAAGCCCCCUCCCCCGCCGCCAUUCGCUCCGCCCCUCACUGAGAUUUUUGCAGUGCCUCUUCACCUAUUUCUUUCGGGCGUGGUUCACAGGCCUGCACCUGUGCCUCUGGACCCAGCCCAAAGACAACUAGAGGAUGGCAUUGGCUCACUUCCUCACGCCAGCCGUGGUCCACAGGCUAGAGCAGUAUACAGAGAGGCUAACUAUGUAACUGCCUGUCUGUACAAGCAGACAGAUACUCUGACAAUGCUAGGUUCCUAGUAAAAACAAUAAUAAAUGUGUGAGAUUGUGAAGCAGUUCCCAUUGUUCACUCUUUGUGUAUAAUUGCCAUUCUGAGUUUUAUUGUUCACUCUUUGAGUAUAAUUGCCAUUCUGAGUCUUGACCACAAGAGGCCGCUGUUUCUACAGACUGCAAGCUCUUGCUUAUUUAGAGGAGGUGGAGCUGAGCUGGAGAAGUUUAAAUCAGGAAGCAGUUGGAGCAGACAUGUUUUGUGGAACUGUGUGAAAAUUUAAUCUGUUCGCAUCCAGGGGGGAUCGUGCGUCCUAGAGCUUCAGGAUCGGCAGCUGAGUAAUCACUGUUCAGUACAGAGCCUGUCCGGAGGAAAAAGGGAUCGUUUUUCAGGAAGGCUUAUAGGAGUUGAGACACUGAGAACUACCUCACCUGCAGUAUCUCAUGAUUGCUGAAAGGACUUUCGUUAAUUGGUUGGAAGACAUCAUCAGCUACAGUUCAAGACCCGGCUUUAGAAGAUGUCUUACACCACAUCCCAGGUUGGGAACCUUUUUAUUAGGACACAGGUGAUUCCUGCUCCAGAUCCCCAUGGCUCAGAUGUAUUCCCAUCCACCACCACUUUGACUCCUGUGACCAACAAAUACUUCAAGAAGAUACCUGUCAAGGCUUUAAGUGCAGUUCUGAUGCUUAUUGGAAUUUUGCAGAUGUUUACAGGAGUCGUAUUUUAUGCAUCAGAAACUGAGAUUGUGUCUCUGACACUCAAAAGUGGAGUCUACAUAUGGGGAGGAGUGGUGGUAUUUGCAGCAGGAGUUGCCUGUUUAAAUGCUAUAUUAAAGGAGAAAAUUACUAUGAUAAAGGUGUGCAUGAGCUGUAACAUCAUCAAUAUUGUAGUUGCAGCAGUUGGGCUGAUUCUAUUCGCCAUUCAGACAUACUACGAGUCUCAGGCUUGCUGGCUUAGACCAGGUGAAAAAGAAUAUGAUGGAUGUCAAGUCCCCCAAAAAGAUGUAUAUGGGAAUUACAAUCAUUAUUAUUACAGGACUACCACAGAUAUUGUUGUGAGACUGAGGGUGUCAACGAACAUUAUAUUAAUGCUCUUCUCUCUGCUUGGACUGGUCAUCUCUUGCAUCAUGACAAUAGUGUCUGACAAAGUGUUGAAAUCCACUGGAUACAGCUUGCUGAGAUGAAUUUCUGCUUAUGAGGAAUAGAAGAUUAACUCCAGGAAGCACAUUGAAAAAAAGCCACUCAUAUUAUCCUGCACUAUGUUAAAGGCAACUCCCAGCAGCAAGUAAUACCACUCAUUGAACUGAUAAUGCCAUCCAGGAAAUAAUGCAAUUGUGGUAAAAUCAGAAGGUCCAAGGAGAAUUAUAGGCAAAACUUUUUUUCCCAUUUUGAAUAGAAUAAGGGAGAGUUAUAACCCCCAUAAGUUUUUUUCCCCCACCAUCUGUGUCCCAUUGGGGAGAUUUCAUUUCACUUUCAGGUCUCAUAGCUAAAGAGGAAGUGAGAGGAAAUCCCUGCAAAUUAAAGGAAUUCCUUGAAGACCCCCAGGUCACCAGAACUAGUGUCCCCUUAGGAACAUUUCCCCUCUAAUACUUUACUGGGGACAACCCAAAAUUUGGGAUUUUCUUUUACAUUCACUUUCAAUGAUAAUGGUAAACAGGACAAAUAGAGGUGGCGAAUCUCCAUAACGGGGACACGGACAGCAAUAAAAAUGGACAAGCAUUCUAAUCCCUCUCCAAAACGAAAUAUAAAAGUUAUGCCUUCAGUUAUACUUUUGCUUUAGCUGAACUCAAUGCAGACAGCUAAAUACAUGGGUGAAAUACAUCUAUGGUAAAUGUUUUACCCAUCAAAGGAUUUGUAAUUCUCUCCAGCCAGUUCUGAGAUUUUUACAGCCCUGCCAAAAAGCACAGCCAGCCUGGUGACCUAAUGUUUCCCUGCUGCAGUUAUGCAAUUUAGCCUGGUCACCUGCCUGUGACUGGAAAGUGAUGCUGUUUCCGCAAUAAACAGAUAUCUUUAGUGUGUUGGUUGUCCUCUCAUCUGGUGAAGGUCAUCUCUCUCAUUCAGCAUGUUCCUUGUUAGUACAUGUAUAUCGCAACACACCUGAGCGACUCCUAUAUGUCCUUCCCGCUCAAUGUGAGUGCUGCUGGGCAAGAAAUCACAGGAACCUGACACCAGAUUUAAAGCGGAUCUCCACCCUCAAUUCAACUGCAGCUCCAUAUUCAUACUGCUCCGAAACAAUGAUGAAUCGGCUAUUUUCAUUAAAUUUAGUAUUCGUGAACCCUAUUAAUCAGCCAGGCUUCCGGUCUGCCCCCCCUCGGGUUUCCGACGUGUUUUCUCCAGUUUCCUGUGCCGCGCUGUGUCUGCUGGGAGCCUGUGUCAGAGCUCCCUAAUUAUAAUAUUCCGCUCUGUUAGAAAACAUUGCGCGACUUUGCUCACGCCGCCGGUCACCAUAGCCAGUGUGCAUGCGCGAGAUCGAAUAGGAAGUGCCUGCCUAUGGGAAUCCAACGCCCAUAGCUAAGAUGGCAACGGCAGGAAAACACAGAAUAUAACUAUUUAUUGGGGACAAUAUUACAGCGGAGCGGCGGGGGGACACCGGAAACGUGAGUUUAGCACAGCAGUGCUAUUACACAUUUAAAAAUACCAUUUAAAAAAAAAAAACGAUUUUGCGUGGGAGAUCCGCUUUAAGUACUUUUUUUUAUAUUUCUUUAUUUUUAAAGACAGCCCAAUUAACAAUCAAUACAAAUAGCAAAGAUACAUGAUCAGCAAAAAAAAAAAAA